GGUUUAUUGAGGGCAGGAUGACAACAUCCAACCUGCCUUGCCCACUUGGGAGGCUCAGAUUAAGUUGACAGAUGUAAAAAUACUCUGUGCAAUUUACCAUUUUCAUCUUCUUCCCCGAUUUUGAGGAGUCAAGGGGCUAUGGCCAUAAUAUGAGUAAAAUGUCAAAGCCUUCUGAGCACAUCACUUGGACCAUGAACUGUGUUCUACUCUCACCCACCAUCUCAUUCACUCAUCAUGAACAGUUGGGUGAAGCGGUAUCACUAUCCCCAUUUUUAUAGAUGCAGAAACUAAGGUUCAGGGAAGUAAAGCCCUUGUGUAAGGACUCUUAGCUAGUAAGUGGUAGAUCCAGGAUCCCAACUCAGGUCUGUCUGACCUCAAAGCCCCCGAUUGGAAAUCACUUUGAAUAUGUGCAGAACCCCAGUGGCAGCUCAGUGGAAUAGACAGAUGUGCAAGGGUCAUCUUUUCCAUUGAUCAUCAAGGGGAGCUCGGCUUGGAGGCUCAACCCAGCUGCCUUGCUUAUGACUCUUCUGUGGCUGAAGAACUCAGACCCUGGAGACCCAUAGCCCUGGUGCGAAUCCCACUCCACCACUAGAGACUCUGUGACUCCAGACCAAGCAUCUUGCUUCUCUGAACCUGUGUGUGACUGCAGAGGCAUUCCCAGCAGGUUGUUGUAUGGAUUGGAAGGGAGCAGACAGUAGACGCCAGGAGCACGGUUCCCACGGUCCACUUUUCCUGCAAAUAUGUCUACAUUGGCUACUGAGCCCCACUCCCUAAGAUCUUUAUUUGUUUAGUGCUUUCUUCUCAGAGCAGGGAAGUGGUGGCGCCUGACCCGAGCAUGUAGCCACCUAUGACUUCCUGAGUGGGGCUGUGGGGAGAGGGCCCAGCGGAGUCUGAGGUCCUAAGGCCUUGGACUUCAAAGAAGGGGAGGGCUUUGUUUGUCACUGUUGUGACUGGUGCAACAUGCCACCGGCAGGGUUGGGCUGUCAGAAGAAUUUCUGCUCCCUCUUCUAGGCUUAGUCACAGAGUUGCCGAAUCCUAAAGCCCAGAUACAGACCACCAGUUGAAACUUGCUUUUUUUUUUUUUUAAACAGAUGGGGUAACCAAGACCUACAGUGAGAAAGUGACUUUUCCCUGAGGUCACCCAGGUAAAAGUGACAGGGCAGAGCUAAAGGACCUUGAACCUGAAUUUGGGACCAGCCUCCAGGACCCUGGGGAUUUCCACCAGAAGCCUUUGGUCACCAUACAGGGGAUUUUUCUCACCACGAAGGGUAAUUCCUGCUCCAUCCCUGCUGUGACUCAGCUGUGACGUUGAACUACACACAGCCAGAGAGGAAAAGAUCAAAUCACCAGAGACUCUGCUCACCAGAGAGGUGGCCGAGGCCAGAACCCUCCUCUCCUCUCCCCACGGACUCCACAGGGCUGCCUUCUGGCCUGGAGCAGCUUGCACGGCCCCCAAGAUGGCCUCCAACUCGGCCAGCAGCCCCCACCAGGCCCCUGAUGAGAAUGAGUUUCCCUUCGGGUGCCCUCGCACUGUCUGCCAGGACCCACCAGAACCCAGGGCCCUCUGCUGCACAGCCUGUCUCUCUGAGAACCUGAGAAACAGCCCAGAUGGGAUCUGUCCCAAAUGCAGAGGGGACAACCUCCAAUCUGAAAGCCCAAGGAGCCUUCUGACUCAGGAGAAGGUUCACCCUGAGGUGGCUAAGGCUGGAGUCGGGUGUCCCUUUGCAGCUAUUGGCUGCUCCUUCAAGGGGAGCCCGCAGGCCGUGCAGGAGCACGAGGCCUCCUCCUACGCCAGCCACCUGAGCCUGCUGCUGGGGUUCAUGAAGCACUGCAAGGCCCAGCUGGGCCCUGGCCUGGGCUCUGGGCCCAUGGCCCUGGAGCAGAACCUGUCAGACCUGCAGCUGCAGGCGGCCGUGGAGGUGGCGGGGGACCUGGAGGUGGACUGCUACCGCGCCCCCUGCUCCGAGAGCCAGGAGGAGCUGGCCCUGCAGCACUUCCUGAAGGAGAAGCUGCUGGCCGAGCUGGAGGAGAAGCUGCGUGUGUUCGAGAACAUCGUGGCCGUCCUCAACAAGGAGGUGGAGGCCUCCCACCUGGCCCUGGCCGCCUCCCUCCACCAGAGCCAGCUGGACCGUGAGCACAUCCUGAGCCUGGAGCAGAGGGUGGUGGAGCUGCAGCAGACCCUGGCCCAGAAAGACCAGGCUCUGGGCAAGCUGGAGCAGAGCCUGCGCCUCAUGGAGGAGGCCUCCUACGACGGCACCUUCCUGUGGAAGAUCACCAACGUCGCCAGGCGGUGCCAUGAGUCCGCGUGUGGCAGGACCAUCAGCCUCUUCUCCCCAGCCUUCUACACUGCCAAGUAUGGCUACAAGCUGUGCCUGCGGCUGUACCUGAAUGGGGACGGCACUGGGAAGAGGACCCACCUGUCACUCUUCAUCGUGAUCAUGAGGGGGGAGUACGAUGCUCUGCUGUCCUGGCCUUUCCGGAACAAGGUCACCUUCAUGCUGCUGGACCAGAACAACCGUGAACAUGCCAUUGACGCCUUCCGGCCCGACCUGAGCUCAGCGUCCUUCCAGCGGCCUCAGAGUGAAACCAAUGUGGCCAGCGGCUGCCCGCUCUUCUUCCCCCUCAACAGGCUGCAUUCGCCCAAGCACGCCUACGUGAAGGACGACACCAUGUUCCUCAAGUGCAUCGUGGAGACCAGUGCUUAGGGCAGGGGGGGCCCCUGAGGGAGGACCAGCUGAGACUGGGGGCCUGGCACCCACCACCCCGGGACACAGGAUGGGCCAAGACUGACAUGAUCUGUGCAGGACCAGCAGGUUCACUGUGACCGCUGUCAGGAUGGCGUGACCUUGGGCUGGGCCGUACAGGCAGAGGACUAAAGGAGGCGGGCGGGGUGCUCCCAUCCUUGCAGCCCGUGCAACACUGGUAGGCCCAGGAGCGGCUCCACCCUGAAUGUUGAUGCACCCCGAGGGGCGCCCAGUGAGCCUGAGCAGAGAAGCUUGCAGGAUAGGAGGUCUCUGCAGGGCCCCAGUGGAGAACUGGCCACACGCUGUCUCCCUGCUCAGGGCCAGAACAAGGACCAGGGGAAGUGGCAGGAGCCAAUGUGGGUUCAGUCGGUCCAGACCUGGACUGAGGCCCUCGUCACCGGAGGACCACGUGAGGGAAAGGGCAUCAUUCUGGAGGCUGCAUUUGUGCACCUUUAAUGUUUCUUAGAGCCAAGGAAGCCCCAUUCCACACCUGCUGGCCCAGGGUAGCCUAGUGUCUCAGGGACCCCUGGGACAUUCAGGAGCCUCCCACCCUUGGGUCCCUCCCUCACCUUCAGUGCCACCAGGCAGGCUGAGCUGGCCCACACCUCCCCCUCCCCUGGGGCCUGGAAGCUCGGUUUCCCCUGUGAGCAGACACAGCCCCUGUGUCUGGUGUCUCCACCAGCCAGAGCCCCCCUUCCCUUCAUCCAGAUAAGACCAGGUCACUGCAGGCUCCGGGGAGCAGCCGUUGAACGUGGAGAAGGGCAGGGGGCAGAGACCGCUUUCCACUUCCCCUGCCUGGAGGCCCCCGUUGUGGGGCUUUCCAGAAUCCUGUGUCCAGUUCACUAUCCAAGUUAUUCACUUCUCAGGUUUGACUAAUCGGGACCGCUGGGCACUGGGCAGAGGUUGACCUUUUAAAUAUGUAUAACAACCAAAGAAAGAAUGUUUUUUCAAAUCUCUUUGAGGAUUUCAUCCAGUAUACAGUCGUGGUCAUCCCAAGCCACACUUGAGAAGGCCGUCACUGAGCUGGAGGUGGUAUGGCCAGUUUUGCGGGUGGCAUCAGAGGCCACUGUGCCACAGGCACAUUCCCCCUCGGCCUCAGUCUUCUCCUUUCUGUAAUGGGGAGACCCUCCCCAGCCUGCCUCCCAUGGUGGGUUUUGUGAUAAUGCUCAAGGGAGGUGACACACAGGAGGGGCUGGAGAGAGGAGCCCCUGCAGCUUCCUGCCUGUCACAGUGGUUGGUGGCCCUUGCUUGUUUUCUCGCCUCCCAGGGGCCCUGAGACUUCCCAUGCCACUUAGGGCAUCAGGUCAGGCCCUGACCCCUCACCCCUGCAGCCUCCCGAUGGCUUACUGGGGCUGCGAUUGACUUCAAUCCUCAGGGCUUCGGGUUCUCAUCUGUGAAAUGGGUCAUUUGCCUGCCUGUUUCCCCUAGCGCAGGGUCUGGGAGAUCAAAAGACCUGACAAGAACAAUUUUAGGGGAGGAAAAGCGUAUUUGGCGCUGUUGGUUUCAGAGGUCUCAGCUCCGUCCUCUGCCCGAGGUGACGCAGAGCAUCAUGGUGGAGGAGAGCAUCUCAGGACAUGGCAGCAGGAAGCAGAGAGAGAGAGAGACUACUCUGCUCACCAGGGACAAAAUAUAUACGCCAAUGGCAUGUCCCCAAUGCCCCACCUCCUCCAUCCACACCCCCUGCCUACAGUGGCCACCCAGUUAACCCAUUCAGGUGGAUUAACACACUGAUUAGCUUAAGGCUCUCCUAUCCCAAUCCCUUCACCUCUGAAUGCCUCACUGUUGUCUAACACAUGAGCUUUGGGGGACCACCUCAUAGCUGAGCCGAGGCACGGGCAUCCGGGUCGGUAAGGUAAAAGCUUCUCUCUUGCUUGUCCUCCCUGGAGAGUUACCUGUCUGUCCCCAUGCACAUCUGGUGGGGGUGAGGGCAGCCUCACGGCCAUCAGAAUGUUCAGUGUCCAGAGACUCCGUCCUCUCUGCUUGGACUUGGCCAGUCGCCUGCCAUCUCUAGACUCCACUGUGGACGGUGGGCGGUGGCAGAUGCAGGCCAGUUGCACUGACCUCGCCGGAGUCUGGGCACUGACUGCUGGACUGAGGGAGGCUUCUUGCCACUGGGAGUGUUGGUGGGGUCUUUGCUCCGCCCAGGCCCCUGUAUCUUGGGGAGCUUAGGAUCUGGCCCUGCCUGCCCUCACAGGGCCACUGGUCAACAUCCUCACAGCCCAUGGCUCUGUUCCUGGGGUCAGGAUGUGCAGAUCACUUGAGACCUUAUCCCCAGCCUCAGCCUGGCGUCUGGUCGAGAUUGAAUGCGUUGGAGUCCAAUUUUGGUGCUGGCUCUGUUACUUAGCAUCCUCGGGCAAGUUAUGUAACUUCUCUAGGCCUCAGUUCCUCAUCUGUAAAAUGGUGCUAGUAACUUCACCCUUACAGGGGUGUUGAGGAGUUGAAGUCAGGCAGUGCACGGCAAGAAUUGGUAGAGGUGGUUUGGUGAGCUUUCUAAAUGGCAUCUACUGUUACUUCCACGGCCACUGGUACCAGUUCAACCCUUGGCCUUCAGCCCACUGAUGGGAGCCAGAAAUCAAGACCAUAACACCCCCCUUCCCAAUGGUCUGGCUCUGCCUCCCAAUCCCUGCUGACCUCAGGCUGGUCCUUCCCCUUGCAGGGCCUUGGCCACCCGCCUAGAUGUAAGAGGGUAGGAACCACAACCUCUUCACCCCAGGCCACAAGAAAUGGCCCAGAGCCAGACAUUCAGGAAGCAGUGACUAAGGGCUAUUCCACAGGCUGGGCACCCAGUCCCUGGGAAGUUGAUUCUGCAAAGCCCUGAUCUGCAGCUGGCCAAGAGGGAGUAGAUGCCCCACCCCCUGGGCUGAUGCUGCCUAAUGGUGAGCUGAGUGGGCAAUGUGCCCAGCGCUCCUUUUGGAUUGCAAUCAGGUGUUUUCAAAGCCCGCGUGGCCCUGGACCCUGUCCUUCUGCCCAAGGUCUCUUUGCAGGUCAGCCUAGGUUGGGGUGGAGCAGGAAUGAAGGGGCGGGGGUUGGAGGGAAGGAAGGACCUGACAGAGACAGAGCUCCCCUCCUGCUCCUGUCUGGCUCCUGCCAGUGGCUGGCCCUGUUCGUAAGUGUGGAUGACACUUUGGCUCAGCAGUAGUCUGUCUGGGGGCACCUGUGGAGACUGUGAAGUGAGCACCCAGAAUCUCUGGCCUGGGGGAGCCUGCAGAGAGUCUCUCACUCCAGCCACCUGCCCACUGGGAGCUGGGCACAGGGAAGGUGCACGAGGAGCUCAGGGGAGCCAGCACCAGGCCCCAGGCUCAGUCUUCUCCCAAGUCUCAAAAGGCUCUGGCCUGAUCCUGUGCCCCCGACAGACCACCUCACUGCCCCACAGGAAGAGCAGAGCUGGGGGACGGCUGAGCCUUGGGCAGGACGUUUGCCAGGAUGGAAAGCCUGCUAGCUGCUGUCCCCAAGGCUUUCUAGAAGAAGGCAGGGGACAAAAAGGCUCUGUGGGCUUUGCAGGCACCUAAGGUUCUCCAACCCGUCCAGGGCACUGCAGGCCAGGCAACCGGGGUGCAGUAGUUCUCGCCCCUAAAGGCAGAUCAGCCUUGGCUAAGCCAUAGCUCCAGUGUCGGGUGUCUCUGUGACCCUUUUACACAGCGCUCCAUUUCUGGCCCUGUUCGCCUUUUUGCCAUGGGGCAGGGAACCAAAGCUCAGAGAGGGCACGGGGAAUGUGGCAAGGUGGACCCGGCUGGACUGUCAACUCACUGGGAACCUCUGGCAAGCUCUUCUUCACUCUGGGCCUCAGUUUUCCCAUCUGUAAAAUGAAGCAGGUGAACCAUAUGGUCCCUGGGGCCCCUCCUUGAACUGAGGUCUUUUGCAUGGGGCAGCAGCACCCCUAACCUGCCACUAGACCCCCUUUAUAGAUAAAUAGUACCUUCACACUGGUAGCUCAGUGCAGAUUAGCCUAGGCAGGGAACACUCUCCCCUCAGCCUCCAGAUGAAGCGCAGCCCUGCAGGCACCUUGACUUGGGCCCCAUAAGUCUCAUGUCAGAUUUCUGACCUCUGGAACUAUGAGAAUAGAUUGUUACAGGUUUAAGCCCCUAAGUUUGUGGUCCUGUUACAGCAGCCACGGAACACUGAUGCCCAUGGCAAACUGUGGCUACACCAAAUUGAGAUGGCGUAAGUCUAAAACACAUAAAAGAUUUGGAGGACUCCAUAGAAAAGAGAAUUUAACUUAUUGUUUAUUUUUUAUAUUGAUGACAUGCUGAAAUGAUAAAAAUUUUGACAGAUUAAAUAUAUUAUUGACAUUA